CCUCACAUGACCCAGCUUAAUCUGUAUUCCUCCCUUUCUGAAGCUGCACACUGCAGUGGGAGCACAGCAGAAAUGCAGACAAAAGAGAGACCGAAAUGGGCAAGACGGGCGCUACUGCUUGGCAUCCUCUGGAGCACCGCACACCUGCCUCUCCCAGGAGCCUCCUUGCCCCAGCAACUCCCAAGGGCCACAGAAAAUAGCACCCAAUGUGUUAUUUCUCCAUCAUCGGAGUUUCCCGAAGGGUUUUUCACAAAACAGGAGCGCAGAGACGGAGGCAUCAUAAUCUACUUCCUAAUUAUCCUUUACAUGUUCAUGGCUGUGUCUAUUGUCUGUGAAGAGUACUUUCUACCCUCCCUGGAAAUCAUCAGUGAAUCCCUUGGAUUGUCUCAGGAUGUUGCAGGUGCAACUUUCAUGGCAGCGGGUAGUUCAGCUCCUGAAUUAGUUACUGCUUUCCUAGGUGUAUUUAUCACAAAGGGAGAUAUUGGCAUUAGUACCAUUCUCGGAUCUGCAAUUUAUAACCUGCUUGGUAUCUGUGCAGCCUGUGGCUUACUGUCUAAUGUGGUUUCAACACUCUCAUGUUGGCCCCUAUUCAGAGACUGUGCAGCAUAUGCAAUUAGCGUAGCAGCAAUUCUUGGCAUAAUAUUUGACAACCAAGUUUACUGGUAUGAAGGAACUUUAUUGCUUUUGAUAUACGGAUUAUAUGUGUUGGUGCUGUGUUUUGACAUUAAAAUUAACCAAUAUAUUAUAAAGAAAUGCAGUUCUUGCUGUACCGGUCUUGCAAAAGCUAUGGAGGAGAGAAGUGAACACCAGCCACUCAUGGGAUGGGAAGAUGAGGGUCAACCAUUCAUUCGUCGGCAGUCAAGAACUGAUAGUGGGAUAUUUCAUGAAGAUUCUGGCUACUGUCAGCUCUCUAUAAGUUUACAUGGUCUUAGCCAGGUUUCUGAAGAUCCACCAAGUGUUUUCAACAUGCCUGAAGCAGACUUAAAAAGAAUUUUUUGGGUAUUAUCCCUUCCUAUUAUUACAUUACUUUUUCUAACCACACCAGAUUGUAGAAAAACAUUUUGGAAGAACUACUUUGUGAUAACCUUUUUCAUGUCUGCACUAUGGAUAUCUGCAUUCACAUAUAUUCUGGUUUGGAUGGUCACAAUUACUGGAGAAACACUAGAAAUUCCAGAUACAGUAAUGGGCCUUACUUUAUUAGCAGCAGGAACAAGCAUACCAGACACAAUUUCAAGUGUGCUGGUUGCAAAGAAAGAAAAUGUCCUUCAAUUGCUGAUAGCCUUCUAUCAAAACAAUGCCACUCCAAACAGAAGCCCACCAAAAGACUUCAAAUUUGCUGUAAGCCUUGCCCAUACCUAAAGGAAACCUGCCUCUAUUAAGAUAAUGAAGAGUUAACUCAGUGUUACUCACAUUUUUAUAGUCUUUUUCCCUACUUAGCUCUUUAUUCUUGCUAAGUUUCAUUUUUACUUUUUUUUUAUUAAGUCAUAUACACAUAGAUUAUGAAUACAUUUAUGCAUAUGUGGGGUACAAUGUGUUGUUCUUUUAUACAGUUUGACAUGCUUACAUCAAACUAAUUUAUAUAAGCUUUUGCUUCAUUUACUUGAUUAUUGUGUUAAGACAUUUAUGUUCUACACUUGAUAGCUUUGACUUGUACCCUUGCAAUAUGCUCCAUAGAUGUGGUCCUGCCGUUUACCCUCCCUCUAUCAAACCUCUCCCCUCCUCUCCUUUCCCACUCCAUUUCUCUCCUUCAUCCUGGGCUAUAGUUGUGUUCUAUCUUUCAUAAGAAAGUGUGAGUAAAUUUAAGUUGGUUUCAUAGACGUACUGAGUACAUUGGAUGCUUUUUCCUCCAUUCUUGAGAUACUUCACUCAGGAGAAUAUGUUCCAGGUCCCUACAUGUAAACAUAAAAGAGGUAAAUUCUCCAUCUUUUUUACGGCUGCAUAAUAUUCCAUGGUGUACAUAUACCAUGGUUUAUUAAUCCAUUCCUGGGUCAAUGGGCACUUGGGCUUCUUCCAUGACUUGGCUAUUACAAACUGAGCUGCAAUAAAUAAUCUGACGCAAAUACCUUUUUUGCAAAGUCAUUUUUGGUCUUUUGGAUAUAUUCCUAGUUAGAGGAAUUGCAGGAUCCAACGGUAGGUCAAUUUUUAGAUCCCUGAGUGUUCUCCAAACUUCUUUCCAAAAGGAACAUAUUAACUUGUAUUCCCACCAGUAGUGCAGAAGUGUUCCCUUUUCUCCACAUCCAUGCCAACAUCUGUAGUUUUGGGAUUUUGUUAUAUGAUCUACUCUAACUGGAGUUAGAUGGUAUCUCAAA